AUGACUCUCAGUGAUUUACCCCAAAGAGUGGCUUUUCCUGUCGCUGAGUCGUGGAAGGAAAAAGGUAGCGCAAAGGCCACCCUGUGCACGCAAGCUGAGUUGUGGGACAAGAUGGAUAGGGAGACGCUGCAGGGCACCAACUUCCAGACUCCCCGUCACACUUUUGGCAUCAGCUGUUUGGCUCUGGCCGAGCGGCAGUUAUGGAGGCGGUUCCAGGUCUCCCCGAAGGGUGAGAUGAAGCUGCCCUACGUCUUGUCACGCCGCGUGGGCCAAGAAUUUGCCACUGGACUUGGGCCGGUUGUGACGAAGCCAGAGACUUGGGAGGAGGCUUCGGAUGAGGAAGAUGAUUUUCCUUUCAAAGACUGGGUUGCAACUCUGGGUCAUCGUACUCUGAGAGGCCCCUUCGUCAGUAAGAGACAGCAAAAAGUGUCGCAGUGGCUUUUGGAAAAGGAGCGGCAGCAAAAGCAGAAAUGGCAGGACCCUGAAUGUCGCGGGCUUGUGCUGAUCCUGGCUGAGAAUCAGUGGAAACAGAAGCCCUGGCUGUUGCCUCCGUUGCCUCUGUUGCCUCCGGUCACCCAUCUGCCGCCGGAGCUGUUGCCCUUGGAGCAGCCGAGUCCGCGGCUGCUGGGCUCAGGGCGGCCUGAGCCGCGCGCGGCAAAGCCGCGAAGGGACAAGGCACCGGUGAUGGCUCCUAUGCGGCAUGGGCUGCAAGCAGACAAGCCGAAGGCUCCGGUGAUCGUCUCUGCACAAGAGUGUUCACAACAGCCGACGCCACCACCUGUCUCCACAGAGGGGAUGGAUGAGAGUUGUCCGAUUGGCUGGGGAAGGCUGCAUGACUAUGUGAAUGGGGUGCGCAUUGGUCCAGGCAGUUUGUUCAGCCAUCCCUGGGAUGGACCUACGCCUUCGGGGAUCCACCCCUUGAAGCCCAAGAGACGAAGCCAUGAUCUGAAAUAG